AUGUGUAAAGGAUCAGUUAGUUUCGAUGCUGAUGGAAUUUCAAAUAUAGGGAAGAUUCAAAUGUCUCUGGCUCUUGGAGAGACUUUUCAUAUACCUGGCUUGAACAACUUAUUCAUCGAUCUUCGUCAGAAAAACUGUACCAUUCACAAUGGCAAUGAGCCAAAAGAAGAUAUUGAAAACAAUAAUACUCGUCGAAGUGAAAAUGAAGCCACUCAUCGUGAAUCUGCUUCUACAAUAACUGCCAAUGUAGAAGGAAAUUUGUCAUCUACAGUCGGCAACGCCCUCGUAACUCCUCUAUUGUUGCGGGUGUCCAUGGGCGGCGCUGAUUGCUUACCAUCAGGUAAUCCGCCGGCUGGUUUGCCGACCUAUCACAUAAAGAAAAUGUGGAAGAGCCAUGCUUCGGCACGAUUGGGUCGGCUCGAUCGGGGUGAUACCACGGCCUCACAGAAAACCGUCGUGAAACAACCACAGCGUUGUGUUUCGCCGUUUGGUAUCUGGGAUGAAUGUCAAGGUGCAGACUAUCCGCAGAGGUUACGUAAACAAAAUGGCGUCGCUGCGGCGGCGGCAGCGGCGGCGGCGGCGGAGGCGCUGGGCGGGGGUGGUCGACGAGCACCCCCGCCAUUGCUGCGCUCACGCACGCUGCCGGCCAUCAUCGCGCCUGGUUUCUCGAUCCUACACGCUCAAAUCGACCCACAACGAACUAAUGAUGUUUUCCAAAUGAUUGGAAUUGGCUCUACAUCUAUUUUCGGUCCAAAAGUAUUUCUUUCCUGUGACAUACUAAUCAUAGUAUGGGGUGUAUGGGACAAGCCCGCCGCAACCUCCCAAAACCGCUGCAACUCCUGUAAGCCAGGAUCUACAGUAGAUACAACCAUGAAAACACCGGAACACUGA